UUCUCAGUAUCCUUUGGUGGUUAUUUUAGUGGUCAAAUGAGUGAGUCAACGUCUCAAGAUCAGUCCAAGCCUGAGCAGGACAAUGGAAAAGAAGACAAGGAACAGCAGCAGGAUGAAAAGGACGAAAAGGAGUCUGUGGAGACGUCACCAAAUCCACUAAGUGUUGCUGUAUCAGAGGCCAGCAGUCAGGUGAUGGAGGAUACAAAGGAUGAGAUGAAACCCCAAGCCAUUUCAACAAAGGAGUCCCAUAUAGCUUCCGGGAAUGUUGUGGUUAGAAAACCUGCAAAAGUGAUUUUUGCUACAGAUGAUGUUGAACUACAGUUAAAAACACAGCAACCAUGGAAGAAAAAUCUUAAUGAGAGAAUAGAAGCAAGAGCCCAGGUCAUGCAGCAGAAAAUAUUGGAGAAGGAUAGCCUGAACAAGGAGCAACUAAAGAAGACUACAAAAAAGCUCCCUAGGGAUGACUUGGCUAAAGAGUGGUUUAAUACUGAGAGCAUGACAUUAACUACCCGGGCGUAUUUGCUGGACAAGCUUCUACCCAUCUUGAUUCCUGGAGUAGAACAAAUGUUAAUGCAGGUAGAAAAGAAGAAAAUUUUAAGCCAAGCUGAUAUCCCAACCAAGUUUGAUCCAAUUAUUUAUUUGGGGGAAUAUCUAAUGAGACACAAUACUCAAUAUGUCAAAGACCCAGGAAUGUCUGGCUACCAGAGGGUGAUGAAAGAUGUCACAGAAGAGCUGAAGAUACAUGUUCCUGACACGAUCAGCAACAGAGUAUCCAAAAUGAAGGAGAAAAUGAAACAAAAGAGAGAACAAAGAGAAUAUAUAAGCACAGUCAAAGUCAAGGUGGCCACCAUGAGGAAACAGGCUCUAGAGGAACAGUUCAGUGAAUGGGUUCUCGACCCUGGAGGAAUGAUUCCUAUAGUUGUGAUUCAGAAUGCCCUUUAUGAUUUUUUUCAGAAGCCAGAUUUUCAUCUUGAAUCGCGUUGCAAAGAUCUGGUUAUGAUCAAAUCUGUGGACCCAGGCCUGAACCAACAGCAAUUUAUACAAUACAUCUCUGCACACGUUGCAGACUUGAAAAGUGAAGUUUUUGAGGAACUCCUUAAACAUCUUUGCCACUAUGCAGAAGAAUUCCGGGAGAUCAUAAAAACUGACAUUCGGAGACAGAUGUUUGCUGAACUCUUCCUGCUUUGUGACAGUAGUAAGGUGAAGGUCUUGGAUCGGCAGAGGACACUGGCCUUGCUGGAAACAUUCUAUGAUCAAAGUUCACACACCACUAGGAGUUUACUCCGAAACCCAAGACAAUGGCCACUUAUUGAAUUUGAGGAAAUAGAAUUGUCUGAGUUCUGGGGAGAUAUGGAUAUUAAGAAGCAUAUUUAUGAAGAUUUUGAUACGCUGCUCUUAAAGAUGAAUUUGUUAGUUGCUACAAAGCUUGCUAGCAAACUCCAAGAAGAUCAAAAUCUCCUACAACAGAAGGGAGAGACACGUGCAGACCAAGAACCAUCCCCAGAGUCAGUCACAGAGCCAGGAACACAUCAGGCUUCACAGAGACCCCACAAAGGGUCACUUUCAGGACAAGGACAGGGCAAAGGGCGCAAAUCAUCCAUUUUAGGACAAGGGUCUCGAAGAAGCUCCGUAGUAGAGCCAAGAUCACACAGAGGGUCAGCGGCAGAGCAAGGGUCCCGAAGAAGCUCCGUAGUAGAGCCAAGAUCACACAGAGGGUCAGCGGCAGAGCAAGGGUCUCGCAGAAGCUCCGUAGUAGAGCCAAGAUCACACAGGGGGUCGGCUGCAGAGCAAGGGUCCCGAAGAAGUUCGGCAGCAGAACAAGAGCCGCAGACAGGGCAAGACCCAAACAGAGAACUCGUGUCAGAGCAAGGACCACACAGAAGGUCAGUCACAGAGGAAGAAGGAUCACACAGAGGGUCAGUUUCAGAACAUGAGCAACACAGGGCAUCAAUAGCAGAGCAACACGGAAAGUCGUCUGAAGAUAUGGAGUCUCCUAGGGGUUCAGAAGCUGGGUUGCCCAGAGAAUCAGCAAUGGAUCAAGAACAGCGCAAAGGAUCCAGAGGUCAGCGCAAAGGGUCAGGGGAACACAAAAUGUCGUUUUCAGAAUAUGAACCACAAAAAGAGUCCAUUUCAGAAGAGCCACAGUAUGAGUCAGAACAGGAACUACUGAUAGAUACCAUCCCAGAAGAACAGGAAUCAGACUCAACCUUACAAUUACAAGAAAGCAGCACUUUAAAAGAAAGUGAAGCUUCCAAAUUUGACAAAAUGGAAUCUCAAGAAGAAAAACCUUUACUGAUCCUAAGUGAAGAGCAAGCCGACACGGAUUCCCAACAGCGUGAGGAAGUUCCCGCACACAGCAAAAAGGAUCAUCCAUCAGAAAGCAGCAGAAAAGAUCACCUUCCAGGAGCUUCAAGAAAGGAUUCUCAGAGAGACAAAGCCUGUGACCCGAAGCCCCAACAUGUAGAAGGAAAAUCAUGGUCAGGUGAAUUUUUGGUCUGUGACUGGAAGAUGAACCAUGUCAAAUCUGAGGAUGAGGAACAGGCAAAAUUAAUCUAUGGUGACCCCAGAUUCACAGACCUACAUGCAAUUAUUAGGAAUAUUCAGACUUACAAGGAAAUAAAAGGGAGGAGUGCCUUCACUGGAGUUUCCCUCAAUCUGCUGCAGUUUGUACAACUCCUAGAGACAUUUGUUGGUGAAGAUACCCCCUUAAGUGUCAGCCAGAGUCUUACCUCCUUCUUUCAGAAGAACUAUUUUGAAACAAAACAGGAGAAAAUAAACGCCUUAGAACAGGCUCGACAGAAUGCUUUCCGAGUCCGGCGGGUGCUUCUUCUAGAAGCCCUCUUUCAGAAGUGGGACAAUGAUGGUUCAGGGUUUCUCAAUCUGGAUGACGUUGACAGUCUCUUGUAUACAUAUAAGGAGGGCAUGGAAAGAGAGUCAAUGAAGAAAGCUAAACUGCACAUCCAAUUUCCAAAGCCACAUCCUGGCCGUGAAGUAAAAUUAUCUUCAAUGCAGUUUCAGAGGUACAUAGAAUUGGUUGUGUCUGAGCUCAGGGGCAAUGAAGACCAAGUUCUGGAAAGUGUCGUGGAAUUCCUGAUGAGUUCUUUAGCGAGGAACCACACUGAGAGUCUAAGGAAUUGUGCAAGACGGAAAUGGUUACAUCAGAUCCAACAUGCUGCAGAGACAAGUGGGGUAUCACUGGAGCCAGUGUAUACUGAGACCUUUAGGGCCCUCACCCAGGAUGCUGAGGCUCAUGGAAAUAAGAAGAUCAGUGCUCACAUUUCCCUUUUAGAAGAAAACCUUCUGCUGCCGAACAGGGGGGAUGUUCUCUUGAGGAAUGUGGCUUGUACCCUAGAUGAUGCUCCAUUUGUUCUGAACAAAGUACUCUACAGGGACAUGAAGGGAAUCAGUUUUACAGUAGUGGAUGAAGGCAGGCCAAUCCAUGUCCCACAAGUUCAGCACCAUGGAAACAUCUUCUUCUGGAACAAUACCCGCAGCAAGAGUGAGCAUAAUGGGUCAUUCCUGGCUCUGCCUCUUCAGGAUGCACAUAUGAGAAUCUUUGGGGUCCUGGCAGUUGACACUCUUCGAGAUCCCCAUGAAAUAAACAUCUUCCUACCUCAUGAGAUCAGUUUCUAUCAGGGUGUUGCCAAUGCCUUCAGCACUGCCUAUCACUAUGUUCAUAGCAGGGAACACAUCCUUCAUACUGUGAUCACUGGCAUCAAGUGGCUCUUCAAUGUCACAUCUGGCAUCACCUCCAUCACUACGAGCUUUAUUGAACCUAGCCCAGAGCAGGAAGAGUAUGUUUUACGCAAAAUGAUGGUUACAGAAUAUUUUGGUCUAACAGAAAUCCAUACAGAACCCCCAACCAUUUCAAGGAAGUCAUGCAUCUUCAGAGAUUUCCUCUUUAAGUGCACUGACACUUCAGAAGUUAUUUUGGCUUCUACCAAUGGAGAAACCCACAUUGUAAUUCCACUUCGUGAAAGAACAAGAGAGACUAUGGGAGUCCUCGAUGUUAACAUUGGCCAGAGUAGGAUGCUGGUAUAUCAAGAAUAUAAAGAUCUACAGAAAAUGGCGAAGAUGAUCCAAAAUGCCUCGGAUGAAAUACUGGGCGAAUUCUCUGGAGAAAUCAAGAAAAAUGAGGUCAUAGAGAUGGAAAAGACAGGCGAAGUCACUCGGGCAGGAAUCCUCUUCUUCCGGGUCAUGCUGCAGGAGCUUCGGGAAUGCCUCCAGGCCCUCACUUCCAUGGACUUUGUGUCUCUGCUGCUGUAUGAGCACAGACCUCGAACGGACCCCACAUUUUUUCACGACAUGGAUUCCCAGGAGAUAGAGGCCAAUGUGGCCCUCGUGCAUGACAUGCUGAAAGCAGUGAUCUUGUUCUCUCAGCAGGAGAUGGACUCUUCCAGUAACUUGGAAGAAUGGGAAAAGUGGAAGUUUUACAUUAACAAGUACUUAGUUGAGGAUCUUUGUGUGUUUGAUCCAACUGCUAGCAAUGUGGAAAUUAAUGUGCAGCUUGUAAUGCACUACAUCCAAGAUCAUUCUCGAAUUGAAGUAUGGAAAUUUGGCAACCUUGUCAUUGAACUUCUAUACCAUUGGUUACACAUUUGUUUAACUCUCAUUGACCUAAAAGACCAACAAAAGAGUUGUAUUUUACCUCCAUUGCCCAAGAAGAGUGAUUCUUCUGUUUAUGCAAAAUUCACAGAGAAACCAUUGUCAAAGAAAAGCUAAGGACUGGUGGUAUUCUAUUUAGGAUAUGUUGAUUGUGUCCAAUUCUGUUAAUAGUGAAAUAUUUUCAACUGAAAAGGAAUGCCCCAUAGACACAUUCUGCUCCCAAACAUUCAGCUCAACACUCUCUAAAAUCAAAAGAGCUACCUAAGGAGAAACUUAAAGAGUAUGCAGUUAUGGUGGCCAUAACCAAACAUUCCUGAAUGUGUAAUAGAAGAAUGUAUUUGAAACCUCCCUCUUAGUUUAAGCUUUCUAUACAACCUGAGACUACUAUGACUGUUUGGGAAGUUGCUUCCCAUUCUUUUAAAUAGAAAAAUAAAGAAUACUGGAGGGUCUGGGUGGAGAAAUGCCAGCUUUUACAUCAAAGGAGUACCAAACAAUAAAGAUUUUGAGAAAUGGA